UCACGUAUCGCCCAGCGUGGCAGAAUCUCGGGGUCUGUCUGCAGGGAAAGAACCUGGGGAAUCGUGAUGGGAACGUACCUAAAGCCUGUUCUCCCACCUCCACAACUGCCCUUCUCGCCCUGCCAGGCUGCAGAACGACGCCCACACUUCGCUCCAGCCCUUGGCACAGGGCAGAGAAAUGGCUGCAGCGGAGCCAGUUCAGGGUGUCCAGUUUCCAAACCUGAUGUGAACUCCCAGCUGGAACGAGGGGAGGAGCCGUGGGUCCCGGAUCUCCAGGGCUGUGAGGAAGGAGAGAUCCCCAGAGGUGCCUGCGCAGGUGCUGGGAUGGUGAGUGAGGAGAAGAAGCAGAAUCCUCAGCAGGAAGAUUCUGAGCAAGUGGCAUCACAUGGGGGAUUAUCGCACGCCUCCAGAGGGAAUGUGUCCCGACAUCGUGUGCAGGGCAAAGCCUGUGAGAGUCAGCACAGGCCAGAGAGGCAGCAGAGAAACCAGCCAGCGGAGAAAGUGGGUAACUCCAUUAAUUGUCAGGGAACUCACCAGGACCUCCUGGAAACCACAGCCCAGCCGAGAAUACCCACAGGAGAGAGAAAAAACACAUGCACUGAGUGUGGAAAACAUUUCACUAACCACUCAGGCCUUUUAAAACAUCAGAGAAUCCACACAGGAGAGAGAGCCCAUGAAUGCAGUGAGUGCGAGAAAACCUUCACUCUGAGCUCUACCCUUAGUAACCAUCAGAGGAUCCACACAGGAGGGAAACCCUACGAAUGCAGUGAGUGUGGGAAAAGGUUCACUCAGAGCUCAGCCCUUAAUAAACAUCAGAGGAUCCACACAGGGGAGAAACCCUACGAAUGCUGUGAGUGCGGGAAAAGCUUCACUGUCAGCUCAGACCUUACUGGACAUCAGAAUAUCCACAAGGGAAAGAUACCUCAUCAGUGCUCUGAGUGUGGAAAAAUGUUCACACAGAGUUCAGCUCUUAUUACACAUCAGAGGAUCCACACUGGAGUGAGACCCUAUGAGUGCCAUGAAUGCGGGGAAAAAUUCACUGUCAAGAAAGCCCUCAAUACAUAUCAGAGGAUCCACACGGGAGAGCGCCCCUAUGAGUGCUGUGAGUGUGAGAAACUGUUCAGGCAGAAAUCAAACCUAAUUACCCAUCAGGCAAGGCAUACAGGAGAGAGACCCUAUCAGUGCUGUGAGUGCGGGAAAGGCUUCAGUGUGAGCUCAGACCUCAUUGUACAUCAGAGAAUUCACAUGGGAGAGAGACCUUAUAGAUGCUGUGAAUGCGGGAAAAGUUUCACUCAGGGCCCACCCCUUACAAGACAUCAGGGUGUUCACAGGACAGCGACGCAGCGUAGAAACGUUGUGUAGGGCAGAGAAAAGACUUUUUUUAAAAACACAUUUGCUAAUUCCCACAUAGUGACCUUGUGGUUUGUUUGCACCAUUUGUGUCCCUCUGUUCUCUCAACUGCCUUGUGUGUUGUCCACUUGUGCCGUUUACAGGUCGCCCUUCUCUGGGGUGAGUCCCUUGCUCCUUUCUCCUGUGAGUCAUUGGAGUGUGUGUCCUUCCAGCAAGGAGUUUCCAUCAGCCCCAGGUGGGGGAAAUAGGGGUGACCACAAGUCGCCUCACUGAGUGAAAAUGGACAUGGGGUUUGUCUUCUGCUCUAGGAUUUCCCUGGGCGUCGGCGUGCUGGAGGUAGCUAUCCUGAUGUAAACACACCGCUCUGUUUGCAGUGCUGACAUCGCCCGGGCACAGGGGUUGGGGUUAGCCGGCAUCUUCCCCUUUGGCCUGUCCUAAUGGACACCCAUUUUCCUGGUCUGGACAAUCCCUGAGCAUCACGUUUAUACUGUCACCCCAGUAGCAGAGCGAUUGUUAGUCACCAAGUCCCCCCUUUGCUGACAAAAUGUCUCCUCCCCAGUUGUGCUCACGCUGGUCCAGGUGGUGCUGGGCAGCAGGUAUUUUUCUUUUUUACCAUUUUCCUUAUUUCAAAUACAUUUCCAUGUAACAAGGAGGAGCAGGAGCGGGACAGAUGGAUCAUUUCAGCCUCUGCAAGGCCGGAAGGCAAUGGGGCGAGUCGGAGGGAUUCCCUCCUUCCCCAUCACCGUCACUGUAUCUGCUGACUCCAGCAGCGCUGGUCUGUGUCUGAGGCACA